GCGAGCGAUCCCGCGGGACCCCGCGCUCGCGAGCUCCGGCCGGACCAGGUUCGCGGUGCGCCUGCGCCCGGACGGGAGGCGCCCUCGCCCCUCGGCUCCUCGCUCGGCUUCUCCUCUCUCGCCGCUGCGGCUGCCGGGCCGGCGCUUGCGCAGAGGACUUCUUGCUGAGUGGCCGCGCUGUUGAGAGGGGCCUGAGUGGGCGCCGGAAGGAGCCCAGGUCGAGGACCACCUUGACCUCAUUGUCUCCAAGGGAAAAUGGUGGAAAAUUCACCGUCGCCGUUGCCAGAAAGAGCGAUUUAUGGCUUUGUUCUUUUCUUAAGCUCCCAAUUUGGCUUCAUCCUGUACCUCGUGUGGGCUUUUGUUCCCGAGUCUUGGCUGAACGCCUUAAGCUUGACCUAUUGGCCUCAAAAGUACUGGGCAGUUGCAUUGCCUGUCUACCUCCUCAUUACUAUAGUAAUCGGGUAUGUACUCCUAUUUGGAGUAAACAUGAUGAGCACCUCGCCACUCAACUCCAUUCAUACAGUCACAGAUAACUAUGCUAAAAAUCAGCAGCAGAAGAAAUACCAGGAAGAGGCCAUCCCAGCAUUAAGAGAUAUUCCUAUUAGCGAAGUAAAUCAGAUGUUCUUUCUGACUGCCAAAGAAUCUUACACCAAAAACUGAAUUGUGUAUACACUACCAUCAAACAUUUAUUACAAGUUUUGGCAUCAUAAUUUUGACCAUAAUUAUCUCUCUUAUUAAUAUCCAGUAUUGAAAUAUUUUGAAAAAUGUAAGUUGAACUUAUCUUAGAUUAAGGUCCAUUAAUAUUGUAAAAGUUCUCAAAUAUUAGUUACUAAGGGACAGAAUAAAUAAAACAUUGAUCAUUACCAUA